UCUUUGCUUUAUCUUCCUCAGUGAAGGAGAGAAAACCCUAAUCUGAAAAGACUUCUUUUGAACUGUGUUUCAUAUUGGGAAUUUAUUAAUCUCACCAGAGUAAGUAAUACUGAUGUUCAGUCUCAAGUAGUUCUGAGCAUACAUUCCUGCACCCAUAGAAAUAUAUCCUGGGGAUGAAAUAUAGGAGGCUUCUGGUCCUCCCCACCCCUGGGCGGAAAGAGCAUUAACACACUAUGGGACAAGAAGAACCUCAAAGUAAACGAGGCCAGCAUUCCCACCUGACCCCUUGGGCCAUUGCGAUUGUUUUCAUCUCACUUCUUGGUGCCUGUUUUAUUGCAAGUUGUUGGUUGACUCAUCACACUUCUCUACGCUGUAAGAGAGGCAGGGGAGCCUUCAAGUUACCGGAACGCCACGCGAAGCUGACAUGCAUCAGAGAGAAAACAGAACUCAAUGGGAGCACCUGGAAUUGCUGUCCUGAUGGAUGGAGGGCCUUCCAAUCCAACUGCUAUUUUCCUUUUCAUGACAAUAAGACAUGGGCUGAGAGUGAAAGGAACUGUACAGGACUGGGGGCUCAUCUGGCCUCCCUCAGCACAAAGGCUGAGCAGAACUUUAUUUUGCAAUUUUUGGAUAGACAAUUUUCAUAUUUCCUGGGGCUUACGGAUGAAAACUCUGAAGGCCAGUGGUACUGGGUGGACAAGACACCAUUUAACCCACGCACGGGAUUCUGGCGUGAGAAUGAACCCAACAACCAUCAGAUAGAAAACUGUGUUGUCCUUGCUAAUGUUCAAGACAAAUGGGCCUGGAAUGAUUUUCCCUGUGACUUUGAGGCAAGUAGGAUUUGUAAGAUACCUGGAACAGCAUUCAGCUAGAGACCCACAGAGGGGUCCUAGUGAAGAGCGCAGAGAAGAAGAACCAGCCAGACUAGGGCAGGAUGUCUGUGCAUCGUUCUGGGUCAUAGAACAUUGCAGACCUGACAGCCUUAUUUAUUAUGUAGCUGAAUACAUUCACGAUAAUGUGUUUUUACAUGGUGUUUUGGUGGAGGGACUGUGAGAAUCAGUUUUCAUUAACUUUGCUUUCUGGUAGUAUUUCACAGUAUUUUCUUUUCUAUCGGUGUGCAUUGAUCACACAUCUACCAGAAAGUCUUCAAUGACAUAAUCUCUUAGUCAUUUUUGCAUCUGCUCAGAUUCUUAGUUCUUAAAAUUCAAACGUGGGGUAUUUCAAUUAGUAGUGUGCUAUACCAUUUUUUAACCCAAAUAUCACACAACUGAAAGUUUUAAAAUAGCUUUUUUGUUGUAGUUUGAUGUCUCAUUUUCAGAACUUUUAAUAGUAUCAGUUAUUAGAUUGAAAGUCCAUGAGUGAAUUAUUUUUUGAACAACAGUAUAUACAAUAGUUCUGAAUUAUGGUAUUGCCCAGGUAGGGGGGAAAAAAAAGGCUAUUUACCUUUCAAAAAAUUCACUUUCUACUCCACCUUAAAUGUUCUCCCAAAACAUGGCGUCCCUAGCUGGCUUAAUUUCUUUUUGAGUGGAAAAGGUCCUUUCAGGCCACCUUAUCCUAAUUCCUUCAAUUCUAUAAUCAAGGAGACAAAACCCUGGGAAGCCAAAGGGCUCAUCUUCACAUUGUUAGUUCAAGACAAAAACAGGACUAAGCGACCAGAUCACCUUUCAUAAGAGGGGAGAUGUAUUCCCUUUGAUGUUAUAGGAAAGUCACUGGUGGUGACUUGGACUCUGGCCAACAGACAGAAAAAGGUUCUUAAUUAUUGAAAGUAACAUUUUACUAGUGUUUCUAUAUUUUUAAUUUAAAUCAGACAAAAAAAUCAUAUUUUCAACCCACUUAGGUAAAUUGCUGCAUGUUUCUAUAGAGCUAUAAAGCUAUGGUUCAAGCCAGCAAGGGAGUCCUUGUUUUCAGCAGAAAUUACGUUUCUGGUGAUGUAUGUAGUACUAAAUAUGAAACAGUCAUAUCUCACAUCAACAAAAUCUGGUGGCCUUAAGAUUCUCAGUUUGCAGAUGAUUCCAGGAUCGAAGCUACAAAAUUUCAUGCAACAGUUUUUUAACCUAACUUCCUUACCACUGUUUUUAAAACCAGUAUUUAUUUUGUAAAUUAGUGAUUUUCUGAAUUUAGAAUAUUAGUGUUUGCUUGAUCAUAUGUGCGUGUGUGUCUGCAUUUAAAGCUGAUACUUUUAACUGAAGUAGAACUAGGUGACAUUAGUUGUGUUGGCAUACUCGUUAAAUUAUAUAGCACAAAAUCUACAAAACUUGUUGAAAUAACUUCAUGUAAAUACUAAUAGGCUUUGUAUAAUUAAUAUUAUUUUUUACAUUUGUAUACAAAUGUAUAUAUAUAUAUACACAUAUAUAGGCAAAGGUUCAGUUGUCAAUCAAAUGUGACGUUUUUGUGAUUGUGUACAUCGAUGUCAACAUACGUAUCUCUGAUAUUUCUCACCACGUGGAUCAUUUUCCAUUAUGUCCAUAGCUACCAGCACAGACCAAGCCACCAUCUCUUUUACCUAGAUUAUUGCCCUGCCUUCUGACUGGUCUUUCUGUUUCUACCCUUAGACCUUUUUAGCCUUUCCUCAAUUCUCAUGACACCUCUCCUAUUCUUCACAAUUUCUUUAAGACAGCUGAUAGCAAUUUCAUAAAAAUAAAUGCUAAUUUUUUUUGGUAGACUGUGGCAGUCCUAGAAGUUUGAAACACUUAAAAAUCUUAAAUACUGUUCUUAUCUCUGGUAAAGUAAUUUUAUUUGUGUUAAAAAAGCAAAUAGUAAAAACAUUAAUAAAAGUUUAAGAUAAAACUCUUUUCUACCCUGAACUCCAGUCCCUUAAAUGUCUCUUCAGAGUAACUGUGAUUAUUAGUUUCUUGUAUGUAUUUCCAUAUGUGUUUAUAUGUGUUGUAUAAGGAUAAAUAUACAUAUAUAACCUAUAGUUUUUUACACUAAUAAAAACACUGUCUACAUAGUCUUAAACAGCUUGCAUUUUUUUUACUUGACAGUAUAGUUGGAAAAUAUUUUAUACCUUGCUCCUUACAAAGUAAAUCAUGUUUAGUUGUAUUGGUAAAUCAUAAUUUGAAAUAACCUUAAAAUGACAAAGUAUUUUCUUUAUGCAAUAAAAAUCAACAAAAUAAUGGCUGUAAAACAAACCAUGAAAGCAAUCCCAGUUUAGAUCACAAAGGGAAGACAGUUAGUUCCACGAGGAUUUCUUUUCUCCAUGAAAAUAUGGGACAUGUAGAAUGCAUUUGAAGGCACUGAGAAGCGAAGUACAAUUCUGGAUAGCUAAGGAAUGAGUUGUUAACACAUAGAAAACUAGAUAAAUAUGAAAAAUGAUGCCAAUAUUAGCUAUAUGAAGAGCAAAAUGUGUUUAAGAAAGUAGAUAUACUCAUGAUACAGGGCAUGACUUAGCUGUGAAUAAUAUUUACAUAUUCAAAUAAAGUCCUUGAAAAUCUG